CAAAUUUUUAUCCCUUUUUCUAUGUUUACCUUACAGAUUUUUGCUAACAUGGAGAUGCGGAUAACUGGCCGGGCCGGCCAUCUCUGCCAAAUUCUACAAUGACCAUCGUACUUCGCCUCUUUCCCCGCGCUCCCUUUCUCUCUCAUCAUGGAGCGCCAACCACCUCUCUUUCUCUCUCUCUCUCCCUGACCUUUUCUAUCGUUGCUCCACCAUUCACUCUCCUUCCCUCCCAAAUUUUCCCCUCUUUCCUCUCUCUAACCUCCAAACAAAAAUCUCAAAACAAUACACUCAGUCCCCCCAAAUUCCACCACAGAGAAAAUGGACGACCGCCUAAGAGACGCCGACCGGUCGGCCCUGGCCGGGAUGCCCCAGUCCCCGCCGCACCGGAAGGCCCAUUCCUACAGCCAGCAGCUGACAAGCACCAACACCAACCUCAAGCGCGCCCAGAACCACCCGCGAAAUCACAGCCUCGACGAGAUCAACCUCCUCACCAACAACGGCCUCGUCACUUCCCCGGACAACUACGAAGACUUCGAUCGCUUUACCAACACCACAGCCGGCGUUUCCAGCAACCACCUCGUCGAGGCGAGCCACAUGACGGAGGGAAUCGGGAUGGGUGACGACGAGUGCGGGUAUGACGAAUCCCAGCGCCUUCCAAGGCAGCCGUUGCCGGAAUUUAUGGGCACCGGCGGAGGAGUUGGGGUGUAUAAGGUGCCCGUUAGGGCAGCGGUACACCCGAGCCGUCCUCCGUGUCUCGAGAUCAGACCACACCCUCUCAGAGAAACUCAGGAAGGGCCAUAUGUGUUGUGCCCUUUAAGCACAUUUGUGCACAAUUUGCAUGAAAAUGGAAUUAGUUUAUGCAGGUGGAUGAGAAUUGAGAAGCCAAACCUUUUUUUACAGGGUGGCAGGUUUAUACGGACGAUUGCAAGCACGGAAACACAAUUGUGGGCAGGGAUGGAAUCCGGUGUGCGAGUGUGGAACUAUUCGGAUGCAUACGAGCCAGGGAUUGGGACUGGAAUUGGGUGUGGAAGAAAGGUUCCGAGAGGGGACGAGGAUGCUGCCCCAUUUUAUGAAUCGGCAAACUUGUCACCCACGUUGUGCUUGAAGAUCGACCAAGGGAGUAAGCUUGUAUGGAGCGGGCACAAAGAUGGUAGAAUAAGGUCUUGGAAGAUGGAUCAGAGUUUCUCGGACGGGACUGCUUUCAAGGAGGGUUUCUCUUGGCAGGCGCAUCGGGGUCCGGUUCUUUCCCUAGAGAUUUCUUUUUACGGUGAGGUGUGGCCGUGGGAGUCCAUUGAGAAAUCUCUUUCUCUAUCAUCCGAGGAAAGACGCAUGGCUGCCGUGCUGGUGGAGAGAUCAGUCAUCGACCUGAAAACCCAAGUAACAGUUAACGGAGUAUGUAACAUAUCAUCUUCGGACGUGAAAUGUCUGUUAUCCGACAACGUCCGGGCCAAAAUCUGGGCCGUUGGGUCUUUAUCCUUUUCCCUUUGGAACGCGCGCACUAGAGAGCUUAUAAAAGUAUUCAACAUUGAGGGCCAGGUUGAGAACCGGGUGGACAUGCCGUCAUCUCAAGACCAGGCAGUAGAGGACGAGAUGAACGUGAAGUUUGUCUCGAAAUCCAAGAAGGACAAAAGCCAGGGGUUCUUGCAGAGGUCCCGCAAUGCCAUAAUAGGCGCGGCCGACGCUGUCCGCCGUGUGGCCAAGGGCGCUGGAGCCUUUGUCGAGGACACCAAAAAGACCGAAGCCAUUGUCCUAUCAACCGAUGGUACCAUUUGGACCGGAUGUUCUAAUGGCUUACUCAUCCACUGGGAUGGCAAUGGAAAUCGCUUACACGACUUCACCUGCCACCCGAGCCCUGUCCAGUGCUUCGUCACCCAUGGGUCACGUGUGUGGGUCGGGUACGCUAGCGGGACAAUCCAAAUACUUGACUUGGAAGGGAACUUGAUUGCGGGCUGGGUGGCAUAUAAUGAGCCUGUCGUGAAAAUGGUAAUUGGGAACUUUUACGUUUUUAGCCUGGCGACACACGGGGGUAUACGAGGGUGGAACAUCUCUUCGCCAGCGCCAAUUGAUAACAUCUUGCGAGCUGAGUUGUCGGAAAAGGACCAUAUGUACAUGACGAAGAAGAAUGUGAGUAUUAUGAUAGGGACAUGGAAUGUAGGACAGGGCCGGGCAACGCAUGGUGCGCUUAUGUCGUGGUUGGGUUCGGCAGUGUCCGAUGUUGAUAUUGUGGUGGUUGGGCUGCAAGAGGUUGAGAUGGGUGCAGGUUUCCUUGCGAUGUCUGCAGCAAAAGAAACUGUAGGACUAGAAGGAAGUUCUGUGGGACAAUGGUGGCAGGAUCACAUUGGCAAGGCCUUGGAUGAAAGAUCUACUUUCGAGCGUGUAGGUGCCCGGCAGCUGGCUGCUUUGCUUAUAGCAAUUUGGGUGAGAAAAAGUAUUAGGAAACAUGUUGGGGAUUUAGAUGUUGCAGCCGUAGCAUGUGGCUUAGGUCGUGCAAUUGGUAAUAAGGGAGGUGUAGGUUUAAGGUUGAGAGUAUAUGAUCGAAUUAUGUGUUUUGUAAAUUGCCAUUUUGCUGCACAUUUGGAAGCUGUUAACCGUCGAAAUGCCGAUUUCGAACAUAUAUUUCGAACUAUGACUUUCACUCGGUCAUCAAGUUUGUUUCACAAUGCUGGUGGUAAGCUGCUUAUUCUUGACUGCUUGUUAUCCUCCAUAUGCUUAUUUUCAAUUAUUCAUUAUAACGGCUCACCAUUGAUCCCAUUCUCCUGUUUCACAGCUGGUGCUUCAUCAGGCAAUCAGAUGCCUCGCGGUGGAAAUGCUUCAGGAGCUAAUCCUGAUGAAGGGAGGCCUGAUCUUUCCGAAUCUGAUUUGGUCAUUUUCACCGGUGAUUUCAAUUAUCGUCUGUUUGGCAUAACUUAUGAUGAAUCAAGGGACUUGGUCUCUCAAAGAAGCUUCGACUGGCUUCGAGAGAAAGAUCAGCUGAGAGCAGAAAUGAAAGCUGGUAAAGUUUUCCAAGGAAUGCGGGAGGCCAUCAUCAGAUUUCCUCCCACUUACAAGUUUGAGAAAGGCAAACCUGGUUUAGGAGGUUAUGAUUCGGGUGAGAAGAAAAGAAUCCCAGCUUGGUGUGACAGAGUCCUAUAUAGAGAUAAUAGGACAGACCCGACAAAAGAAUGCAGUCUGGAAUGCCCAGUGGUUUCCUCCAUUUACCAUUACGAGGCCUGCAUGGAUGUGACUGAAAGUGAUCACAAGCCAGUACGGUGCAAGUUGAAUGUGGACAUUGCACAUGUGGAUAAAUCCGUGAGGAGGCUGGAAUUCGGGAAAAUUCUUCACUCAAACGAUGCAAUCAGAUCGAAUCUCGAAGCUUUACGCUUUGUGCCCGAGACAAUCGUUAGCACCAACAGAAUAUCCCUUCAGAACCAAGACACAUUCAACUUGAAACUAACCAACAGGAGUGGGGAGGAGAUGGUCUUUUACCAAAUUAUAUGCGAGGGUCAAUCCACCAUCAAGGAGAAUGAAUCAGAGAUCGAUUACCGGCCAAGAGCUUCCCAUGGCUUCCCACGUUGGCUUGAGGUGACACCUGCAGCUGGCUUGAUCAGACCGGAUCAAGUGGCGGACAUAUCCAUACAUCACGAGGAAUCCCACAAACUCGAAGAGUUUGUGGAGGGAAUCCCUCAGAGCUGGUGGUCAGAGGACACCCGUGACAAGGAACUCAUAUUGUUAGUUAUUGUGAGGGGCAGCUGCUCGACCGACUUGAAAACUCACCGAGUACACGUGCGCCACUGUUUCUCAGGGAACUCACUCCGUAUAGACCUGGGAAGUAACGUUUCUAGAAGGAACGAAGGCAGUUUGCAUCAGAGGCCGGCACAUUUGAGAUGAGGUUAAUAUUAGCAUAUACCUAAAUUCGAUAUAUGUUGAGGGAGGAUGCAUGUAUGUGCACGCAUUGUUUGUUUACGGAUUUUUUAUUUUUAUUUUUUGAAUUAAAACAAAUAGGGAAUAUAUAUUUUUUUGGUUCCAAUAUCAAGGACAUAGAAUUACGAAAUUGUAGAAUUUUUACGCUUUUAUAUAGCUAGAUCGACGUCAUUGAAAUUAGGGACUGAGAGAGAAUUCUUGAUUUUAUUAUAUACUGGGUCGUGUAGAAUAUGUACAUAAUUGCAAGUUUCAACAUUCAAGUGACAGUUCAGAUUGAAUAUGAUAUUUGGUAUCACUGUCCCAGAUCUUGCAAGACUUCUGUUUUAAUAAUGGUGUGGC